GCUGAAAUAUCACCAUCUGGAACCACAGGCAAAAAACAAACAAAACAAAUACAUUCCAAAAGUGAGCGCAUAACGACCAGUACUGGCUUUUUACACCCGCCUCCUUCCGUGAUUAGCAGUGUUUGUUGAAUUAUUGCUGCGAAGUUUAUAGUUAGAAAGUGCGCAAAAUGAAGAGAAGAAUCGAUCAAUCUGAUCAGAAGAUUACAUCUGGAAGAAGAUUGCAGCAGACUGUUAAAAGACCUAAGGAUGUUGGCAUGCAGGGAAGAUCUCAGUGGUGGGUGUGGACUUGGACUAAAGUGGGACUUCUUUCUCUUUGUGUCCUCUCUGUAACAAUACUAUAUCUCCAGCAACUCUUCACUGUUUCUGAUGACCUCAGUCGACCUUCAGACUUCGGUCUCAAUCAUACUAUAAAUAUCUACCUCAAUUCUGAGGAGGGGGUGAGAGUGGGCGUAUGGUAUACUGUACCUGAACACAGAUGGAAGGAGGCACAGGAGAAAGAUCAAGAGUGGUAUGAGAAAGUUCUGGGAGAUGGAUCACCCAUUUUCAUCUACCUCCAUGGCAAUACGGGAAACAGAUCCGCACCACAUCGAAUUGGAAUUGCAAAUGUCUUGAGUGCCAUUGGAUAUCAUGUCCUAGCUUUGGACUACAGAGGUUUCGGAGACUCCACCAGUGAACCCACAGAGCUCGGUCUGACUACUGAUACCAUAUACUUGUACAACUGGGUUAAGGCACGUAGUGGAAACAGCCUGGUGUGUGUAUGGGGUCACUCACUUGGUUCUGGUGUUGCAACUAACACUGCAGUGAAACUGCAGGAGAAAGGAAAAUAUUUUGAUGGAAUAAUACUUGAGGGAGCAUUCAGAAAUGGGCAGGUGGCGGUUGAACACCCUUUUACCUGGUUUUAUUGGAAGUUCCCAUACAUUCAGUACUACCUUUUCAAUCCAUUGAAAGAUAACAUUUUGAAUUUACCAAAUGAUGACAAUUUGAAGAAAAUUAGAACACCUCUUAUGCUUCUCCAUGCUGAAGAUGACCAUAUAGUGCCUUUUUACAUGGCUCAAGAGCUUUACAACAUAGCAAAAAAUGCCCAGAAUUCUGAUGAACGGGUCAAGCUGGUACCAUUUAAUGGAUCGCUUGGAUAUCUUCAUAAUGGCCUCUAUAAAGACCCUCAUUUGCCAAGUAUCAUAAGGGAGUUUGUGCAGUCACUGAGUCUGACGGCAUGAUACAGACACACAUGAGGGGGAGGUGUUUACACCAAGUAAUGACACGCUAAAUAGCUGUUAAUCAGGGCUCUCCUUUCUCUGAACUGUAAUUAUAACUGUAAAUUUACAGUAUGCACUUCUAGAGAAAUGGACAAAAAUAAUGUGUGUCUGAAGUAAAUUGUACAGGACUAAUUCUACAUUGUCAAGUAUCAAUCUGAUAACUUCUGAAGGUGGCAUGAGCUGGUGUUCUACUGGAAGUCAGAUGUGUAAAAAGUAAACAGUAAGUGAGACAGAACAAUUCCUUGAUGUGGCCCGCAGUCCUUGAACAUCACUUCUACCUGCUGUGUUCAACUAGAGGGCGUUUGAGGACAAGUGUCCUAAAGAUCUUCAUGAUUUUCAAAGGGAGGGCUGGUACACUCCAGAUUUGGCACUGGAGCCACACAGAAAGUUUUCAAAAGCUGGGGGGUACUUUGACCAGUACAACAGGGUGAGAGAAAAGAUGCUGCAGUCAGUGCUGGGUAGAUUACCUCUGAUCUGUAAUCUGGUACUGAUUACAAAUUACAGUACAUGACUAAAAUUGUAGUCAGUAGCAUAGUCUCAUUGAUUACAUUUAAAAGUAAUCUAAUUUGAUUGCUUUUGGAUUACUUCUGAACUAAUUCUUGUUUAUUUGAUGUCACAUGCAUUUGAGUAGGAUAAGCUUGUACAAUUUUGACAGUGUUGUUAAAUGCAUUAAAGAAACUUAAAGAGAAUGAAUUGAUAUUAUUUUUUCCUGCAUGUUUUACUUGGGCACCUAGAAGGUUCUUACGCUGACAAUUUUGGUAGAUCAGACCAGUUAUAUUUGUGAAUUAAUGUCACACAAAAACAAAGUGUCAAAAGACACUUGUUAAAAGUGUCAUUACUGUAAAUUUUUGAAGCAGAGUACUAAAGCAGUCUGUGAAACUAAGACUAACUUUACAGCACUAAGGCAACUGGUUCUGCAUUUAUGUUUGGAUUUCCACUCCAUCUUCAGUAUCAUUAUGACUGGUAUCCUAUCAGGUCUGUGUGUGCUACUGGCUACAACUCCCCCCAUUCCCCAUCCCCCAUAAAAAUUAACUUUAAUCUAAUUAUGAAUAUUUUAGAAUGCAAUUUUAUCUAAUUACAAGUACUUGAUUUUUUUGUAAUCUGACUACAUAAUAAAAAUUACAUGCAAUCCGUUACUACCCAGCACUGGAUGCAGAACACCACACAGCUUGCCUACCCAUAUUAGAACUACUGGUCUGACUACAUCAGGCCUUACAGCCUUACCUGUGUGGAGCUUCCUUAACAUUCCUCUCACCUUGACAGCAGUUACAGACAUGGUGGGUGGAGAUUUAGAGCUUGCUUAUUGUUACAUAUUUGCAGGCAAUCAAGUCACAGGGAGGUGAAUAGGCAGGGGAGGAGAAACUCUGAAGAAAACUCAAAUAUGUGGCUAGAGCUGUAAAUGUUGAGUUGGCAAUGUCUGUUCCAACAUCAGUUCAGAUAUUUUGGAGAAAAAACAAUAGUUAUUUAAUCCAUACAGUCAGACCCAACAUAGUUGUGCCCUAAAAAGAUUGUAAUUGCUUAGAAAAGACUUGGAACAUCGACUAGUUCUCAACUCAGACUAGCAGACUAGUUUGUAAGACAAAUGCUUCAGUAUGCAAAGCCACCUCUCCCAUUUCAAUAAAUAAUACAAUUCAUGUAUGAAGUACACAUGUAACCAUGUUGUUUUUUGUGAUGAGUUUAAGUUGCUUUUGCCAAGUGUUAUGUCAUGCUAUAAGGAAACAUUUUACACCAGCAAAAUAACAAUUCUGCCUCUUCUUAUACCUAUAUAAUUUGACAGCUGUCUGGAUUUAUAAUUGGCCUCACAGGUUUAUGUUAACUGAAACCCCUUUUAAAUGUAUUCUGAUGACUGAAGCUUGAUGACGAAUAACAAUGGUGUUUAAUUAAUUAAAUAAACGUAAAUAUUAAAUCCA